AUGUUGAAAGCAAUCAGAGAGGGCUGGGACAAGCUCUGGGAGAGGCUGCUUCAGGACAACGGAAAGCUGCUGCAUGUUGUUGGUGACUUGAUAGUCAGGCUUAUUGCUGCUUACCUCGCGUAUGAAAGCACAAUGCUGACUAUGAAGUUUAUGCAAUCGCAGCUGAUGGAUGCUGACAAGACUCGUGCUGCGGAAAUAUUGGAGAAAAUGGGCUACAGCGAAAAAUUCGCGGCCGAUUUUUUGCGCUCUGCUCCGAGACACGAAUGGGCCGUGAUCGAACACUUUGUCACCGACUCCGACGAGCUGAACGACAUGGCGGCGGUGAAAGGGCUCAAGAAGGAAAAAGAAACGAUCAACAGGAAUCUGAAGUUCGCUCUGAAUGUCGCCGCCAAUCCCGACUUUGCGAAGCUCGUCAAGGUCACACAAGGACUGCUGAUACCUCCGGGAUGCGGGAAAACAAUGCUCGCCAGGGCGAUUGCAAGAGAAGCUGGCUUUAAUUUUCUCGUCGUCCAGCCCAGUUUAGUCAAUUCGAAAUGGAUCGGCGAGUCAGAGAAGUUCAUCCAGGCGUUUUUCUCUGUCGCGAAAAAGCUUGCUCCAACGGUGAUUUUCGUCGACGAAAUCGACGUUUUCCUCGGCAACCGCAACGACGAAAGCUUCCACGAGCACACGCAAAUCAAGAUUGCCGAGUUUCUCACUGCCUGGGACGGCUUCGAUCAGAACAAGGGAGCCCCAGUCGUCGUAAUCGGCGCGACAAACAGAAAAGACACUCUUGAUGAGGCUAUUCUCCGCCGCCUCCCCAUCAAAGUGGAGAUUCCUCUUCCCAACUCGGAGACCAUCCGGCAGAUUAUCGAGAGCAAACUUCCCAAAGAAGACUUCGACGUCAAAUUCGACUUUGUCCAGCUGAUCGAAAAAAUGAACAACUGGGAUUGCUCUAAAGUACACAACUUCGUCCAGUUCGCCGUUACCUCUGCUGUCCACGAGUUCGUCGAGGAGAGAAGCCAGAAGUUGAAAUUAGGAGAAAGCCUCAGUGAUUACGUUCACACGGCGCUCCAGAAGGAAAUCAAGCAAAUUAUCAUUUCUGGUCAAACAAGCGAAGAAGCUACGAAGGGAGAGGAAACAAGCAGUCCUUCAAAAGUGAACUCUCGUUCUUCAGAAGUUAAAGUAAAGAAGGAAACAUCUGCUUCUCUAGUAAUGCAAUUUCUAAACGGAGUACGUCGUCUUCUUCCAGCACGAAAAACGAGCAGCAGUGAGACAGAAGCGGAAGCGCCAGAAGAACCCAAAAAGGCUUCAUUGCGAGUUCCGAUUCUCCAGAAGCACUUCGAAGAGGCGCUGGAGAACUACCAGCCGCAGAGCGAUAGGGCGGCGUUUUUUAAUUUAUAUUCCUAA